AUGGCGGAAGCCAAGCCACUUCCUGCUCUCCCGACACAGGAUAAUGUCACGACAAACCUCGCUCUCACCACACUUUCGACCGACGCUCGCAGCCACCGUGGACGGCUUAUUCACGCUUUGCUCACCGAAGAAGGCAUAGAAGGGGAAGAAAGAGAUGCUUGGGCCGCUUCGUUGCAGGAAGCUCUCGAUGCGUUGAGCGAUGGAGUAGCUCGCGGUCGUUGGUUAGCCGGCGUGAAACGAGCCAGGCGACGAACAGAACGAGACAGCGACACACUUUCUCUGUCAUCUUCCAUUAUAUCCGUCUCGACGACUUCCACAACUUCGAGUGUAACUCCUGACACUCUUGCUGCUUUACGUGUUGCUAUUGCUCAACCGAUCGUGCCGAGCCCAGAUCCUGAACCACGCCAUCUUCUCCUCUGUGUUGGAGGCAGCAGUCGAAUACGUGUAUUACCUAGCGAAGACAGUGGUUUCAACCUCGUUGCCGCUUCUGUGGGCUGUCAAUUUCGCCCAGGCGCGUUUGAUCUCCCCGACGAUGAUUCGGAGGCAAGAGAUGCUGUCUUAUUUGGAUUGGAGGAAUGGGAUGACAACCUCAAGCCCAAACUUGUCGGUGGGACCUUUAUAUUCAAGGGCGUCACCUCUCCCUCUCAGCAUACUGCCCUCAUUCGAAUUCUCCGCCUUGCUAUCUACACACAUCUUUCCCUGCUCUUAGAGCAGCAUUUCUUGUCAGAUUCAAACGUUGCACUGACGUUUCCCCCGCCUCGGCCCCGACCCGCCAUCGUUUCCGCACUCUCUUACCAGCCACCUACGUCACCAGCUGCGUCGACGCCUAGAAGCACCAAAGAUAAGACAUUUCUACCCAACAUCCUGUCAUUUUUCUCCAAGAAAGGACACACUAGACUCAGUCGGAGCUUGAGCAUCGCGCCAUCAAACUCUCGGGCGAGUGGUACCUCUCUUGACCUCACUAGGAAAGUAUCACCACUUGCUCCAUCGAGAUCAUCAGAGGAUGGAAAUCCGAGUCGAAUGCGUCGAUUCUCUUUCAUCAGUGCAAGUAGUCCACCACAAUCCGAACCGUCGGCUCUUUCUACAUCGACAACCAACCACGCUACUUUUACUGCCAUCCACGCGCGUCUACUUGCGUCCUCUCCGCUGCUUUCGUCUUCUGCUGGUGUCCGUGUUUCCCCCCCACGACUAAUAACCGAGCUUUCCGAUGCGGAGAAAGCACGUGAUACUGAUGGGAAGCGGCGGCUCAAGGGCGAUGAGCGAGUGGGUCUCGCAAGCAUUCGGGGCUGGGGAGAUGCAUCUUUUACGGACAAGGAAGAUCCAACUGUCACCGGAAAGGAAGCCAAGGCCCGUGCUUUAGUUGGGGCCACUGGUUUCGCGAGGAUGCAGGAAAUCGUGGUGUUGAUCAGCUGGGGAGUCCCUAUCCCUCCGACCUCAAGCUCUAUGGUUACCACUAGUACUGCUACCUCAUCGUCAGCGUCAUCUAUCUCUUCAGUUACCUCCUCAACAUCAACUUUGAUAACUUCUACUCAUGUUGCUCAAUGUCUCCCUCCAAGGACGCAGACAUUGCGGUUCUACGCUCGGGAUGGCUGCCCGGGGAGUGAUCGGAGCUUUGGCGAGGUUGUGAGUGGGUGGUGUCGAGACGCCGAUAGCGGUUGCAGUGGCCACGAGUUCUUUGGUGGCCAUCACCCUUAUAGGAAGCGCAGGGCCAGGCGAAAACAAACUACUGCAGCAGCACCUGACGAUGUUGAGGACAAAGAAGUUGAGAGCGAGGAACCUGAGUUAGUCACGUCUAAAAAGGGUGUGCAGGAGAAGAAGUGUGGGUUCAAACGAGGAGAUCAUGUACUGAGGAUGGUACACGGUGGUGUAAGAGUCGAAGUGCGCACUCAGUCAGAUGAAAUGGAGGAAGUGGGGGAGACUUGCAGGGAGAGUUCUGAUGGAUCGACAGCAGCGUCAACCACUUCCAAAGAUGAGGACGAUAGCAAGAUAACUACUUGGCUUUCGUGUUCUGUAUGUGGCAAGAAAACUCCGCGAAAGACGCUGAGCGAUGGGGCUUUCCUGUUUUCCUUCGGCAAGUUUCUGGAGGUUUUGAUAUAUUCUCCUCUCAUUUCUAGAAUAUCCCCAUCGUUGUGCGAACAUACGAAUACUGAACUCACCAGUACGGCUUCCACCAUGUCAAAAGCGAGCUCAGCCAACUCAGACUCAACUCCGACACCCAGUACCAUAGGGUCGCCUGCAUCAGAUUCGACAACUCCCACUCCUUCCCAUAUAACAGCAUCACAACAACACUCACACAAGUUAACCGAAAUUUCGACCCUGCCCUCAGCGCGGUUCAAUAUCGUCCGACAUUUUUCCAGUCACGGUCACGUGGUCUCAUUCUCCAUCAAUGCAAUUGAGGAUAUCUUCGAGUUGCGCGUACCGCGAUUUCAGAUAACGCGGAGUGCGUUAGUCCUGGAUAAAGAAGGGAAAGGAAAGGCCAAAGAUGAUACAAAUAUAACCAAAGCAAUACCUGCACCCAUCGAGGAGGAGAAGAAGGUCCUACGAAAGGAAAUCAAAGCCUGGUGGGAGAGUGUGGCUGACAAUAUGGAAAAGCUGGAAACAUCCCUCGUCGGGAGCACUCUUGUCGGAUUCCGCAAAUCGUUACCUCGACUGCCCUCCGAAGACGAUGCGUGGGAUGAGUAUACCAGCGAAGACGAUUCAACAGACACUGAAUGUGCUUCGACACAUGAGCUAUACAGACCUGCAACAAUAGCUGGUCUCCCCCCAAGCGCCCCGACUACUCCGCCAAUCGCCAAAUCUUCUGAGGAUUUCUUUCAUCCUGUGUUGAAUCGGGCAUCCUCCCUCCCUGUCCCAAUCCAUUCGCCUCCUGAAGUUGUCAUAACCGCGGCGCCGCCCUCAGCCCCGCUCAACGUUUCUUCUCCCGACUCAAUCGAGCUACUUGGAAGUCUCCGCCAGGCAUUCCAAAAGACGGAGCAGGAGUUAUAUACUCUCCUCUCUCACACCUCUGUGUCAACUCUUAAUGAUGUUCGGUGGGCCUUCUUGGGGAAAGCCAAAGGUGCAGAGAAGCGUUUGUUAGCUUGGCAGAAGAAACACUUGCCAGGGAGAGGAAAGCGAGCUGUUCAAAUGAAGUUGGAAAACGUCAAGGAGCCCGAGUGGUGGAAGACCGGGAACCAUGUUGCGCCAGGGUGUAAUGUUGUUGUCAGGGAAGAUGACUGGGGGAGCAUCAUUGCGUUUACAAUGAGUACCUCAGACUACUCACGAGAACUAACCAGCAUGUCUAUCGUCCGACCCUCGUCCACAGCAGCGCCACUUCUUACACCAACUUCGGUUGAGCCAUCCUCCUCGCCGUCAUCGGCUUUACCCGAUCCAGACCAAGAAGAUGUUGUUUGGUAUGAGCCCGAAUCUUAUUCGGCCGUGAUAUCUCGGAAAGAGCAUCCCCGCGACGCAACGUCUCUACUUUCCCUUCGCGAAGUUCUCCGACAAAAGUCGCCUAUCGAUGGUGUUUCCCUCCUCCCUGGCGGGGCCUCUCGCUUCAGCAGUCUCGGUAGUGCUGCUACCAAGGCGUCGAGUAAGACUGGCCCCUCGUCAAUUGUUCCACCAUCUGCAUGGUCCAAACCGGAUGUCCAAAUAACGAAACAUGAUGCUGGAGGUGAAGUUUCGUCAAUGCCUAAUUUAGGCGAGUCGGCGGGCAAGAUUCUUCAUGGACUUGACUCGGCAUCGUCCGCGGAGGGUCAUUCGCGACCGUCAUCUGCACUUUCAGGAAGUUUUUUAGUCAGCUCAGUGUUUACGGAUGGACUUGCAAAGCGAAACAAAACACCCUCUAUCAUCUCGGUCGAGAGUGACUCGACGGUUGGUGGCAAGGUCAAGGACGAAGCAGAAGCUUCCGGAGUUGAUCUGCCGACUCCGACCCCCUCCUCAUUCACCAACACUCUUACCAGUGGGAUCUCUCACGCGAUGAGAUUCAUGCUCAACAACAGUGAAAUGCCUCCUCCCGCCGAUGCAUUUGCUAUCGACGAGCGACCACAUAUCAAAUAUGACUGGACAGUGGGAAAGCGACUGAAGUUUUCCUGCACGAUAUACUAUGCGAAGCAGUUCGACAACUUGCGGAAGCGGUGUGGCAUCGAAGACUUCUUUUUGAAGAGUCUAUCACGCAGCGCAAACUGGGCGGCGGAGGGUGGGAAGAGCAAGUCUAAUUUUUGGAAGACGGCCGAUGACAGGUUCAUCAUCAAGACACUGGUCAACGCCUGGAAUGUUGCCGACUUACAAGUACUUCUGGAACUGGCUCCUUCCUAUUUCCGAUAUAUGGAUGCGACUGCUAGUCGUGCGACUGUCCUCGCCAAGCUCAUAGGCUUCUAUACCAUUGAGAUUCGCAAUCUUGAGACGGGAAAUGUGCAAAGCAAAGCUGACCUGCUCGUCAUGGAGAAUCUAUUCUACGAUCAGAAGAUCGUCAAGACAUUCGACCUCAAAGGUAUCCAAGGACGCAAAGUCAAGUCGCGAGGGAACAACAACGAAGGUGGCAAGACUUUGUUCGAUGGGGAAUGGAUUGAAGGACAGCAGCGGACACUGACGCUUAUUCACCCUCAUUCGAAAGCUGUGUUGCAGGAAGCCAUUCGAAGCGAUGCCGACUUUUUGGCAAGAAGCAAUAUCAUGGAUUACUCCCUUCUCCUUGGUGUCGACCAAGAGCGCAAGCAGAUCGUGUGUGGACUGGUUGACACUAUAGGCAGCUACACGUUUGCUAAAACGCUCGAGUACAAGGCCAAACAAGGACUCAAUUCAGGGACGGGCAAGGAGGUCACGGUAAUACCGCCAGCCGAAUACCAGGAACGAUUCGUCAGCGCCUUAGAAGGGUACUUUGUUGCAUGUCCAGAUAAAUGGACACGCCCAACCGACGACAGCAAGCCAAUUGAUGACCCAGAUAUGUUGCCCAGUGUGUUGUAG